UGGGUUUGAGGCAUUGUGUUAUACAGUUUUUAUCAUCAUGAAAUUUUUAUUGGUCGCAUUACUUUUCAUCUGCGCAGUUUCUGCAGCACCGCAAGGUGAAAUUGAAAUUCAAUCUGCUCAAUGGGGAGGUGGAUGCGGUGGGUGCUCAUGUUCACCAUGCCAAGGAUGGUCAUGUCAACCAACAUGUCAACCAUCUUGUUGUCAAAGAAAUGUUGUUGCAGUCCCAGUUCCCAUAAGAGUUCCAGUUUUUAUCCCAAUGCCAGUUCAAUGCUGUAGCUAUAAUGAUCAAAGUUGUUGCAGCAGCUCAUCAAACUGUUGCAAUGGUUCAAAUAACAGCUGCUGUUAAUAAUUGCCAUUAAAAAUCUGUAUGAACGAUGAACGAAUUUUGUAUCAAUUUUUAUUAUGUUUAAGAAAUAAAAUUUUACUUUUUUGCAAAAUCUGAUG